AUGGCCGGUGGUGCAACCAAGUUCCGUCAUCUCAGCCGCAAGUCAUCACACCGUCAGGCUUUGCUCAGGAAUCUGGUCACAUCCCUUUUCGAACAUGAGUCGAUUACAACGACAUGGGCCAAGGCCAAGGAGGCUCAGCGACUGGCUGAUAAGUUGAUUACCUUGGGAAAGAAGAACACGGAAGCAAGCAGGAGACAAGCGCUUUCGACUUUCUAUACACCCCACGAGCUCCUCCCUAAACUAUUCGGUUCUCUUCGCCAGCGCUACGCUGAAAGACCAGGUGGCUACACACGAGUAUUGCGCGUCGAGCCCAAGAAAGACGACCAGGCUGCCAGUGCCAUUUUGGAACUUGUCGACGGCCCCAAGGAUAUGCGAUUUGCCAUGACAGCUCGCACAGUUGCGCGACAACGCUCACAAGGAUUCGACACCCUCAAUGAAAUUACGACCAUGAAUGUCAACAAAGUGACGAAAUUUCGAAAGGGCGGCGUCGAGGCACUGGAAGAAGCUAUUAAGCGGUUAGAACUGGAUGCAAAGAAGGCACCAACUCCCAAGAACGGAGCAGAGGGGGCGGAAGCAAAACAAUAA